AUGGCGAACUAUCCAACAAUACAUUCGACGCUUUCCGUCGUCUCGGGCCAGCUUUGCUUCGGCUCCUUGCACAACAUUUGGUUCGGCUCCUCUGCUCCCUGUCAAGGUCUCCCGGUUGCUCCGCCGCACAUCGGUGGCACAGUCCGAGCUCACAGCAUCAACUACAAUAUUGCCGCACAUAACGGGAUAUGGAAUGUCUACAAGCUUGUUAUCUCUGAGACAGGUGAUGCAGUAGCAUGGCUCGUGGCCCACGCGGACAUCGAGCCCAGACAGGAAGUCGAUAAGAUCCUCCGCAUAUCUGGCUCACCCUAUGAACCAGAUCAUGGAAGCACGCUGAACAACGACGUCACUUCUCAGGAUGGAGUUUUUGUGAUCAACCGUUAUGACUGGAGCUACUACGACGAACGCUGCUUGGGCGAGAUUGGUGAGGGUCAGGAAGAAGGCGAUGAUGAUGUGCUGGCAAACUCCAACUCUCUCGGUCUUGUUGAUUGCUCUGUUGCGCAAGAAAUGGUCCAGAGAUGGAAGGACCAACGACCAAGCCUGCGAGACAGCGCAAAGUGUGGAGUCUGGUUGUAUAUUCCCCAUGGAGAAUACAUGUUUGGCCGCUUUGGAUUCGAUGAUACGCGCACCGCAGCAAGAUCAUUCCUGUUCUUCUCUGCAAGUACCGAAUUCACAAGGACAAGCUUCUUGGGUAUUCCAGGAACACUGCGAGAACAUAUGACGCCCCGGAAGAGGUUUGAGCGCCAACUGCGUGAAGGAGUCGAUUUCUCGGGUAUGGAGAUAGUCAAAGACAUGAUCUCCUGUCAACAUGUUUCCCAACCGCCAGCACCUGAGUUGCUUGGCCCCUACGACCCAAGCGACUAUAUCCUAAGAGAACAAGACAUUGAAGCGUUGCGAAGUUAUUGCGAAGAACAGGCCUCCCAACCUGGCGCGGAACCAACUAUCCAUGAUUUCAUCGAUCCAUGGAAGCAGCCACUGUUCGAUCUCGUAAAUGAGAUGGCCCUCAGUUAUCUCGAGCAUUUUAUCUUUCCUCAUCUUAGAGGUGACAACGUUGCAGAAAUAGCCAAGACAUUGUUCCCAGAUUAUGAGAAGAAGAGUAGACCUAUCAGUCUAGACGUUGCCGCGUAUCGUCAUUUCACUCAGCCGGACCAAGACCCGAUUCCAGACUUUGAUAUGUCUCACGUGUGCGUUUUGAUUCAACAAUUCCUUGAGUCUCGAAGCCAGGAUAAGUCCAUGGUCUGUAGAGACGAUGGUGUAAAAGGAAUCUGUCGGGUACUGGGCUAUAUGCUAACUGAAGUAUUCGAGUUGGCCAACGGUGUGGCUACUGAUUCCCAACAUAACAAGAUCCUACCAUGCCAUGUUCGUCAGGCUGUUUUGCUUGAUGAAGAUAUUCUUCGUCUGAUAUGUUUCUCUAAAGUCUUUUGGGAAGGAAACAUGUAG